GUGCACUACGCCCUGUGGCUUCUACUCAUAACUCUGCACAUGCAUGUGGUCGGGUUUGGGAGAAAUCCGCCAGAUUCCUUCCGUUUCUACCGCACUGAAAUUGCAGGACGCUUUGAGUUUUAAAUGCUCUCACAGCUAGUUUACAGCGAGGGACUAAAUUAACAAAACAACAGGUGCUAGUCAGGAAAAGUCACCUAGAUGUACUUAGUCAAUCUGUGGCAUACAGAACAAACUAUCCUCUAGGAAUGCGCAGUUACUAACAAUGAAGUCAAAACCAGUCCCUGUCCUACCACAGAGGUUUGGCCAUGGCUCAAAAGAAUGUACUGCACAGCCAUCAACCUCCACAGCCCCCCUAAAGAGGAGCAGAUAUUGCUGUGGUAGUGAUGCUGUGCUUCAGGACUGUCCUUUUUGCACACCCAGUGAACCACGAACCUGGCAUGCCAAAAUGAGCCCAGGACCGGGCCAGCCGGAGAUGCUCAUCACCAAAAUCUCCUCCAGGUUCAGAUAAUUUCCUGACAAGGGCUGCUAAACCAAUAUUUUUUUCUUAUUAAAGACUGACAAGUUUCUGGAGCUCCUCUAUAGCCACACUAGUUUCUGGGAAGAAGAGAUAAGCCCUUUCCUAUUUGCCAAACAAUGAUGGCAAACAAAGCAGCAUUCUACAGGAAGCAAAAGGCUUUUAAAAAAAAUGUAGUUUGUUGGCUUGGCUGAAGGUUGCCUGCUAGACUGAACAAGCAAAUACAUUUUAUUCAUAUUUCUCCAUAAGGCCUGUUUCAGUACAAAGUACAGGCAUUAAGGUGCAGGUACAGGAUUGGUUUCAGGGUGACUGGUCUGUUUUAUUCACAGUAAAACAUUUGUGUGGUUAAUAGUGCUGGAGAUACAGCAUGCUAAUGAGCCCCUGAAGGUGUUCUUCCUACCUAGCCUCCAGUCAGGGAAGCAGUUUACAAAAUGUUUAACUCUUGAGAUGCAAAACAACUGGUGGCUGUGACUGCAAUGGCACCAUCCCUUCUUCUGGGUCUCAAAACCAUAUAAAACAUCAUGAUUCCUGGAAAUAAGCUGUACUCUUCAACAAACUAGUAAAACUCAGUGAGAAAUGUGCAGGAGGAGGAAGAUAGUGGCUAGAAUAUAGGAAUUUGAGACAGUGAGUCAGAUAGAGGAUCUCUGUCAAAAUACUUGUGAAAUUUCACUUUUGGCAACACAUAUAUGUUUAGCGCAAUUCAGAUCUUAGCUCCUCCUAGUCUGUUCAACAUCCUGCUACAAAUAAUCUUUUGCUUCCCUUCAUUUGUCAGGUGCACACACACAGCCCGGUUCCUCUGCCCUGGCAGAGCUGGAACCCAUGCUACUUUGGACUGUGCCAAACAUCUUGGGCAGCCUUGACAUUCUUUGCCAUUUGAGACCCCCUUGUGCCCUUACUGCUCAACAAAUUUUGCUGUAACAAAAUUAGCAGGUUUAGUAGUAGUAGAACCAUAGCUCUGCAAGGGCCAGAGAGAAAAUGUAUGCAGAGGGAAAAUAUACUGCUCAAGAACCUGAAUUAUCUUGAAGAAAUCUUCCUUUCUGACAGGCUUUCCUGUGAGCACUGACAACCUCAAAUCACAGUUUUGCUGAUGCCAAGGCAUGUUGAGGAGAUACAGGACUUCUGCUAUGGGAUGUCUUUGCUGGGAUGUGAGAACAUUUCUCAUAAAGUCCUACCUUCCCAGUCCAGCAGUUACAUUUCAGAUGAUGGAAGGAGAAUUGCUGCCAAGAACCCAUGAGACAAGGGAAAGGGACGCUGGGCUGAUGAGGUGAUCAGUGAAGAGAGGAAGGUAAAAACAGCCAGCCACCACUUCCUUCACAUUCUGCCAAGGGAGAGAGUUAGUGUCCUGCCAGCUGUGCAAAGAAAGCAAGCCAAUCUGGAACCAGACCAAAACUGCAUAAGGAAAGAGGGGUAAGGCAGAGAGCUAGUGCUCGUGCAAACCUGUCCCUAUGCUUGCAUUCUCUGUGUGGCUACAGGGAAGUAGUCUUUCUUUGUGUUCCUGCCUGUUUCCAAGGGAGGUAGCAUUUGAGAGUAAAUAUUUAAUGGCAGCCAAGAGUUUGAGUUCCACAAAGGCAGUUAAGUGUUUAUUCCUCAGCCUGGCUCCUUGCUUUCUUGGAGCAGAGUAGGUACAGAGCCUGUCCUGGAGGUGAGCCAAGCCAGGCAUAACCACCCUUUUUGUGGCAUGCUUCCCUAUGGAAAAAUUUCAGGCUCUCAUUGCUGUUUGCUGUGGGCAUGUGAAUAAAGGGGCUCGUCUGCUGUCCUGAGGGGUUCAGUGGAUUUGGUGACUGAUUUCCCACUUUGUAACAGGAGCUUCCAGAAAGAAAUCCAAGCCCAGCGAUCCAUCUCUCCACCUUCUGUCCUAUAACCUGAAUAUAUGGCUUUUAACAGUGUUGCCGGUUGCCCUGAGGCCUUAUUUUGUGAAGCUCUGUUUAAACAUGUAGGAGGUUUUGUCACCAUCAGGCAAAGCUCUAAACAGGUACCCAAGGAUGUGGCCAACAUUUUUAAUACCCCCAGUGACAGUGAAGAUUUUCCAGGAUUCCAAGAUGAUGCUUCCAAACAGAGCUUCUUGUCAGAGGACAAGUGUGCUAGUUUGGAUUCUGCAGAGACUGGAAAAGAGGGGCUCCGGUUUCAGUCCAGAUACCUCACCAAAGAGCUGCUGGGGAUUUUCACGGAGGACACUGACUCUGAAACUGAAGUGUUUGAGGGCUUCACUUCAAACGAGGUGCAUGUGAACAAGAAAGAAGUUCUGAUGGUGGAGUCAGACUUGAGUGACGAAGAACAUGAUAAUUUGUUGGGUAAUGAGAAAGAAGAGGAGGAAGAGAUGAAGAAGGUUUCCCCCAAGAGAAGAAGCUUUGGCCUUCGUGUUGCUUUACAGUUUCCCACCAGGAAGUCAUCUGAGAAAAAAGAACAGGCUUUGUCUGAUUUACCUGUAAAGGACUGUGAAUCCCUCACACCUCUCAAGCAGUCGGACAAAGUAGAGGGCUCUGCUUCAGAGUCUGAAGAAGACAUUAAAGAAACAGAGGAGGAAAGUUCCAAUGCAUUGCUUAAGAGAGCCAUAAAUAUUAAAGAAAAUAAAGCCAUGCUUGCCCAGCUGCUGGCAGAACUGAAUUCCGUACCGGACCUGUUCCCAGUGAAAAUGCCAUCCUCAACUCCUUCAAGGCAGAAGAAAACCCCGAGGAGGACAUUCUCUGAAGGCCAGAUAACACGCCGAAUGAACCCAACCAGAACUGCUCGUCCACCAGCAAAUUUUGCCUUGGAAAAAUUUACUGUGUCAGCUGUCAAACUUGCAGAACACAUCUGUAGCUACAGACAACAAAACCUCCUGAAGAGACUCAGUGUGCAGAGGGAUUGUGGAGCACGCAAAAGAAGGAGAUCAUUGAAGUACUCGUCUCAUCGCCCGGUAGAAGACAUAACUGAGGAGGACUUGAACAACAUUGCAAUCACUGUUAGAGACAAAAUCUAUGACAAAGUUCUCGGUAGUACUUGCCACCAAUGUCGACAGAAGACAACUGAUACAAAGACAAUCUGUCGCAAGCAGGGCUGUGGAGGAGUCAGGGGGCAGUUCUGUGGCCCCUGUCUUCGAAAUCGAUACGGUGAAGAUGUGAAGUCAGCUCUGCUUGAUCCAGCCUGGAUCUGUCCUCCGUGUCGCGGGGUGUGCAACUGCAGCUACUGCCGCCGGCGGGACGGGCGCUGUGCCACCGGCAUGCUCAUCCACCUGGCCAAGUUCUACGGCUACAGCAACGCCAAGGAGUACCUGGAAAGUUUACAAAAACAACUGCCGGAUGACAAUUGAGAGCACUGGACUCAAGCCAUGCCUGAAACUGGUUAAUAUGUUAACAGUUUGACUUCAGAAGUUUAUUACUAUGUUUUACAUAAAAUAGAAUUGUAGUAUAUAGCGUAUUCAUUUCUGUAUUGGAAACUUUCUGAUUGAUAUGGUCUUAUGCAAAAGAUCUCUCAGGAAAAUGUUUUGGUAGAGAAAUCUACAUGCACAGACCUAUAUGUUAAGUGAAAUGGCACUCUUGAACCUUGAGUGGUUAAUUUUUAAUAGAGCUACACAACCACAUGAUGGACAGCUUGAUCAAAAUGAGCAAUAUUUUUAUUUAUAUAAUUGUGCAAGUUUUCAGAAAGGGUGUUUAACAGCUACCUUCAAAGCAACCCAUCUUCAAAGAAACAAAACACCCUUGUCUACCAGCUUGACCAUAAAGAUCAUUUUUCCAGCUCUGCCUUCUGAACCUGUUUCACCACCUGUAGUUUAUAGAGCUUGUCCUUGCAAAGAAGGAAAAGGUACUUUCAUCUGAAUGCCAUUAUAUUCCAGCCAAAGGUGAUGCAAUCGACCAGUGCAAGGAUGGGUUUUGAAAAUUUUAUUCCAAAGUGCAAUUAUUCACCAAAACAUGAAAGUAGAAGAGUGUUUAAAAAGAAUUUAAAAAUAUCCCAGUAAAAAAAAACAACAAAACUUCUCACCAGCAGUUUUUGUGUAAUGCACCUGCUGUCUGAAGCAUCUACCCACCUGUCAUAACUGUUCUAUAUCAGAGUUCAGGAUUAAGUUUUUUUACAGUUCAUACUUAGAUAUUUUUGCAUUUGUACAACCAGGCUUUCAAACAACUGUGUUUAAAUGCAAGAUAUUUGUAUUGCAUGUUAAAGUAUGUUAAAAUCCUGUAAUAUACACAUUUCUUUUUAUGUAGAGAGAAUAAAGACUGUUCUAAAGAAGA